AAUGCAGAGGAGUGACUGGCCGCUCUGGACAAAGUGGCCAAGGGAAAUCCUAAGGACAAGGAGGCGGGGCUGCCAUUUUUGGGUCUUCCUCCCCCUACUCCAACAACGCUUCUCUACAGGAAAGCUCCAGGGCAGAGGAGUGGAGCUGGCCCGGAUGAGGAGCGGCAUACCUGCGGGGCUCCAGGGAGUAAAUGUGGCAUCUGUGACAUUUUUCAUCAUUGCACAAGCCCCUGAACCAUACAUCGUUAUCACUGGAUUUGAACUCGUCAUUAUUUUCUUUUUCAUAGCUUUGUAUAUGUGCAGACUUGACAAAGUGAUGAAAUGGUUGUUUUGGCCUUUGCUUGAUAUUACCAACUCAAUAGUAGCAACAUUAUUCAUGCUUGUUGUGUCUGUGUUGGCACUGAUACCAAAACCUUCAACAAUGGCAAUCCUUGGAGGAGGAUGUACCAGACUGUAAGAAGCUGCUAGAAUCAGCUACAACUCUUAGCUCUGAGAAACUUGAUGUUGAACAAAAAGAAAGAAACAUGGAGUAUGGGUUUUCUAGCUCUUCUUUUAAAAGAUUCACAUCACUUGUUAGGUGAGACCAAAUAUUCCCAUAAUGUUUCAGAUGCAAUAUAAUAGAUUUCCUUACUGCAAGGGAUGUGGUUGAAAACCUUGCAACUAAAGGGCUAUUCUGAGGACUGCUUACAGAGAAGCAAGUCAGUUAGGUUGGACUUGAUCCUGACAAGCCUAAAUGGAAGAGCUCAGUCAUUUCAUUAUACAUAUGGGGAAUGCAUGUCAUAAGAUACUAUUGCCUCC